AAAUCAGUAAUGCUGAAAGAUCACUGCACACAUCUUGCAGAAAUGCACUCAUUUAGAGAGAUUGAUGAACAGAGAGGGACAGAGACAGACAGAAGCAUGAGGACAGAUAGAGAGAAGUCAGAGAGAGUCACAGCAGUAUAGAGGGAAAGAUGAGUAAGCCAUAUAUGUAUCUGCUCCAAAUGUUUGGCUUAUUCAUGGAUGCACAGAAAGGAAAAAAGAAGAGCAGAAAUUCUGAAGCAGAAAAAAGACGACACAGCCCAAACUGAGGAUUUCAAACAAGUAAAGGACAUCACUGAAAUCAUAAAUCAGAACAACGAAAACAGUCCUGCAACAGAAACUGGUCUGAGGAUGUGGACGAUUGUGGGUGUGGUCUGUCUUUCUCAGUGUAUUAUUGGUCAGCUGCUGGAGGCCAGGACCAAAGGAGCCCUUCCUCAGUUUAUUUGCAGCAUUCCAGGUGUGCCAGGGGCCCCAGGAAAGACUGGACCCCCUGGGCCUCGUGGAGAGGAUGGCCAUGUCGGAAUUCCAGGAAGAGAUGGCAGGGAUGGACGCAAGGGGGAGAAAGGAGAAAAAGGAGAACCAGGCCUCAGAGGUAGAGUCGGGCCGACGGGAAAGCUAGGGGAACGUGGAGAGAGAGGUUUUAUUGGGAAGCGUGGACCUGAAGGUGAUCCUGGAGACUUAGGGCCUCCUGGUCUUCCAGGGCAUCUCGGACUUAAGGGGGUCAAGGGCCAACGAGGCCCUCCGGGUGAACCAGGCAUCUGCAGAUGUGGAAGUUUGGUUCCCAAAUCUGCUUUUUCUGUAGGCAUCACCAGUAGCUACCCCACUGAGAAAGCACCUAUCAAAUUCAACAAAGUCCUUUUUAAUGAGGGUGGCCACUACAACCCAGAGACGGGGAAAUUCAUAUGUGCUUACCCAGGAAUAUACUACUUUUCCUAUGACAUCACUCUGGCCAACAAGCACCUGGCUAUUGGUUUGGUUCAGAACGGACAGUACCGGAUAAAGACUUUUGAUGCCAACACAGGGAACCAUGACGUCGCAUCUGGCUCAACAGUGAUGUUUCUCAACCCAGAGGAUGAGGUGUGGCUGGAGAUCUUCUACAAGGACCAGAACGGCCUGUUUUCUGACCCCGGCUGGGCUGACAGUCUGUUCUCUGGGUUUUUGCUCUAUGCAGAUACAAACUAUUUGGAUACAUUGGCAGAAGACUACAAAUAGCAGUGUGGUAACAUCAUUUAACCUUAGAUCGGGUCCUACUGAUUUUCAGCAUUCGCGCCAUGAAUGUCACAUUUUUAAACACUGGUUCCAUUUUUAGAGGUUUUAUAGUAAAAAAAAAAAAAAGUACAAAACAUUAUAUAUAUUCUGCAUUCAGUUUAUUUCUGAUAAUUUUUAAUGGAAGAAUGUGUCCAGUGUGAAUGGCCUCUAACUUCCUGAAAGUCACCAUUUAUAUUAUUGAUGAAAAUACGGAAAAUGAAAAUGAUGUUGUUACCUAUCCUAAAAAUAAAAGUGAGAUUGUUUUUGUUUUAUAUACAUUCAUCAAAUCGCUAUGAUUGGGGUUUUAUCAGUUUGAGGUUGCAAAUAUUCCUUUUUCCACAUUUAUUUGGAAGUAACUUUUUCCACUUCCAUAUUUAGAAAAUACCAAUAUAUAAAACAUGAUUUGUGGAUAUUUUAUAGUGUAAAUAUGUGAAACCCAUAUGAUCAUGUGUUUCACAUGGGUUAAACAUAUUUCAUGUGAUUGCACAUGUGAAAUGUAUGUGAUUUUUUUCUAUAAGUCUAACUUUUUUUAUUUAAAUAUUUACUUAUUAAAGAUGCAAAAGAAACAA